AUGAUACUGCAUGCCCUCACAGAGGUAGCGAAUAACCGCACCAUAUCUGUCGAUGUCGCCCGUGUAUUUGCUUCUAUACGAGAUAACGGUGCGGAUUCCCUCCGUUCGUUAGAUCACUCUAGCAGGAGGCCUACGGUUGAUGGGCUAGAAGGUAUUCGACUUCGAACACGCGCCCGAAGGAGUCUGGACCAGACGGCCUGCGCUCCACCGCUUCCACCGCGCACGCACGCUGUCAUGUCGAACGAUUCUAUACACGAUGAUAGAAAUUUAUUCAAUGAACAAAGGCACAAUAAGUCGCCCAUCCCGACUCCAAUAACGGACCUAAGUGAUCUACAACGGUUUUGA